AUGGCAUUCAUCUUGUUCUAUAACCUCUGGGCGCCAGCAGGUGGAGACGCUCCUCCACCAGUCGACAGAAAGAAGGACGAUAAGAAAAAGGGAAAGGAAGAACCGCCAGAGCCGGAAGAAAUACCGAAGACACCAUCGCAAAUCGAUAGAGAGGAAGCGGAAUACCGUGCUCUGAUGAGGAAGCUGAGGUUCAAGAGGAAAUGGCCAGAGAUAACCAAGGUACCUAUCAACACGAGGCCCUGGAGACCACCAGCGGGACACAGGAAAAUACCUCGCAUCGCUAUUGACCUGCCCGAGUUGACUCUGAGGAAAUGGGUGCCUCCGUACCGGAGACGCCGUCGUCCCAGGCCUAAGCUGCAGAGAAUACCUCCUGAGGAGUUGACGCAGCCUCUAUACGAGGGGGCCAAGUUGAAGAAGAUCUGGCACAAUUUCACGCAAGUCGAGAAGAACAAGAUGAUGCUGCAGGGUAGCAUCGGCUGUAAUUCUAGAAGAUAUUCGUCUACCGCCUGUGGUUCGCAGACCGGUUGCAUAGCGGCCGUGUGCAGGGCGCUUUUAGAUGAGAAAAGUUCAAAGGAGCUUACCAAGAACGACGUGGAUGAAGUGAUUGAGGCGGCUGAUAGAUAUUAUCACCAGUGCAUGCUGGCUAUGAAGUGCUAUAAGGGAAAACCUCAACUUCAACUGAACCAGCUUCUGACGUCAUUCUUCUUUCACGACACGAAGUACACGGUCAAGAUGGAACAGGUGGACAAAGGACUCCUGGCCAAGCACCCGGAUAACAUUCAGGCUGAACUGGAUUUGAUGACCAUGAUGGAGAAGCGCGCCGGCACAGCGUACAUGAUGAUAUUGACCGUCGGUGGUAACCGUCACUUUUUGAUCUGGAGCGAGCUGCCCGAAGCUGGAGGUCAGGUCAAAACCCUCUGCUACAUCUUCGACCCGCAUAUGCUGGACGAGCGAGGGGUGCCGAACAAGCUAUACGGAGCCGGGGCGUUUUUGCGUUACGCUGGCGUGUCAUCGUUUGUCCUGGACUUUCUGACGAACUAUGGCGACUUGGACUCGGCCAAGAAGGGCACACCGAAGCCACCGAUAACCUUGACUAACAUCGAAGUGGUCCAAAAAGAGCGACUGCUUCGGGAGCCGACCUUCGAGCUUGAUUUGAAAGCUCUGAAGAUACACUGCCGCAGCGAGUGGGACAACAUCAACAUUAACGCUCUCAUCGAAAAGAAGAGAUAUGAGGGUAAAUAUCCUCAAGGUUCCCUCAGCGCGGUGAGCAUAGCUACAUCAAGAGCCACCUCUAGGAGGAAGGUUAGAGAUUUCUACCAGAAGAGCCCUAAAGAGCCUCCGCCGCAGCUGCCGGUGGCUCCAGAGCGUGCUCCGGCCGCCAUGACCCAAGACCAGAUAAUGUCCUUGAGAGGAGAAGACUUCUUUCUCUACUGCCCCAGUGUAGACGGACAUUUCUAUGGCAGAGACGACAUGAUACCGCGUCCGAAAUCGGAGACCGUUCUCCACAGUCCGGUCGAAAUAGCCGAUAGGAACUAUCACUCGCAGUACCAGCAGCUUGACGUUGAGAAGUGGAUCUUGCGGGGGACCAGACACAUGGCCAGUUUCAGGUACCAAACGUUUAAGACGUAUACCGGCGUGGCGUGUUGUGUGGCAGCCCUAGCCAUGCUCCGGAGGUACAGGGCUCGAGCGUGGAACGAGGAUAUUAUUGACGAAACCCUGGAUCUAGGAUACAAUCUUUACAGGGAAUCUUUGUUGGAAAGAGGCGGUGCUAUCAGACAGUUGGUACUUGGAGAGUUGAAGGACACAUUUCUCAUACGCGACAAGGAAUACAAACACAAGCAACGGGGAAUAGCGGUCUGGGGGAAAGUUAUAUCUUCGAGCCCCAACGUCUUGGACCUUUGUCGGGGCGUGGAGACGUUCUUCAAGGAGGCAGACACUGGACUCUUUCAGAUACCGGGCGAAUUCGAAGUGGCCAUUUGGAACGAGGGCGGAAAAUAUUACAUUUACCAUCCUUGGCCGGCUGACAAAUACGGGCAUAAGGUUGGUCUCCGUGAAGACGGCAAAGCUUGCUUGCUGUACUUCACGCGCGUGAGCCGCCUCUGCGAGCUACUGACGGAGAGUGCAGGCGACAAGAAGCGGGGCGCAUUCAGUAUAUCGGACAUAAAAGUUUUUCAGCGCGAAGGGAUACCACCACCCAUUAACAAACUCACACCGGUGGCACCGGGUCGUUGGGUCAUCAAGGGUCACUUUCACGAGGGAGACGCCAGGUUUCCGGAGGAGCAUCGCAACAAACAGGCCACCCCAACAUCGAUAGCGGCCAUUGCCAUGGCGAAUGUCGUUAGUCCUGACGAAUGGACCCCAGAUGACAUCGAUGAGAUUUUAAUCAGAGGCGACGUUCUCUAUCAAAACACGAUGGAACAUCUGGAGAAGAUGGGCAUCGAUUUGAACGCUCCUAAACUUGACGAGGAAAUGGACGAGGAGGAAGAGGCUCCACCCACUGGAACGCUGUCUGCCAUUCACGUAAUUAAUCGGUUUAAGAUAACAGAUUACGAUUGUAUAGAGACUGAAGUUUUCGACAGUAUGUACAACGGUCAAUUAAAUCCUGAUACCUCCUCGGGAAUGAUUUCCCUCAAGGCUUCGUUGGAGGAGUUCUUCAAGGGAAACAGUUACGGCGUUGUGACCGCCAGAGGGGGCUCGAUGGCUGUUUGGAAAGGCGAAGACCAUCUCUACUUAUUCGAACCCCAUGGCUGCGAUAAUAGUGGAUUCCCGUCAGACGAGACAAGAGCAGCAGCGUGCCUCAUUAGGUUGAGUGGUGGCGCUGCCGAGCUAGCCGACGCGAUCCUAGCUAACCUCUCUCCGGGUUCCGAUGACAGCUUCAAUAUAUCUCCCGUCUCCAUAACCGCGACGAGGCUGAACAUGGCCAUCGGAGUUCCUGAAACCAAAUUGGAGAGUAAAGCCUUUGAAUGGAUAUCAAAAGGCACCGCUGCCAUCUUGAGUGGGCCGCGUGGUGAGAAUACCGCCAUUGGGAAAGUCGCCACUAAAGUUGGAAUCGGGGCAGAUGACAUGUCGGGUCGAACUCUGGCUUUGCCUUCAGCGGCCGCUUUUGCCGCCGCCACAGAAGCAGUUCCACCACCGUUCAUGCAUAGAGAUCACAUUUAUAAUUUCCUUGAUGCUGGUGCAGAAUAUUAUCUGAACCACGUGAAGAAGACUGGCCGUAAAGAGAUUAAUGUAGAAGACCUUAGCGAGAAGUUUGAGAUGGGGGCCAACACUUUCUCUAUAGAAAUCGGUGAAGCUGUGAAGUUGCCGUUGAGAUUGCCCGACGAGCCUGCCGGGGAAGGUGAAGAGGAAGAAUCUGGUGAUAAAGAUGAGGUGGGAGAAGAGCUGGAAGAAGAGGAAGAGGAAGCGCCUAUGAAACAAAUAAAAGAUGCACUGUUCAAAUUAUGGAAUGACGACACAAAGCCGACGACGAUCAGCUUGCUGGUAGGUGAUUACCAUCAGCUCGGCGUGUGGAUGGCGUCGAGCGGGAAAGUGGUUGCGUUUGAUCCUGCGCCCACAGUUGGGAAGGGAAUGCUGACCGCACAAAGGAUCAAGAAAGGUGAUGAGCUCCGCCUGCAAAGAAUUAAAGAUGAAAUGGCUGGUGAAGACGCAGGUGGAGAUGAAGAGGCGGAAGAUGAGGAGGAAGCUGGUGGCGAGGGCGAGGAAGUGCCGGAGCCGGUUCCGGAGUUUGUGCCCCCGGAAUCUGCCGCUGCCCUGAUGGUGUUCGCGAGCCCGGGGGAGCUCAUCGACAAGCUGGUGAUCCAAGGGGGCCUCGAUCGCAAGCAAUGUCUAGCACCGUACAAGCUGUAUGGUGUUACCGUGAAGAAUGAGCUUAGUUCGGUUCUGAAGGAGAAGAGGCCGAGCUCGAGAGAUGAUGCGGGAGACGGCGGUGAAGAAGAUGAAGAAGAGAGCUUAGUGGAACCACUGGACGACUCCUGCGUGGGGAAGUACAUGGACCGCAUAAGCCGCGUCCUAGCUUCGGUCAGAGGAAGACUGGCACAAGACGAGGAAUUCUUUUUAGAGCAUCGGAACAGAGAUCACCAGGACGCGGCGAACUCUAUAAUGGGUAUAGUGGUCGAGAACAUUGAACCUCACAUCCACUGGAAGCCGCAGUUGAUCGACGGAAUCCUCAAGUACGGAGACAGGGUCCACACGCUGUCUCUGCCCAGAGCUUCUGCUCCGCCAGGGCUACGCCCCAACGAGAUUAUCGACCAGUUCCACGUUACCAAUUUUAAUGUCAGACUAGAGAUUGAGAGCGAAGCUGUGACGGGUGACCUGAAAGCUGGAGAAACAGGUGCCGUACUCAACUUGAAGAGAGCCAUUAAUAGAUUCUUUGAAAGCUACAAGCACGGAGUGAUUUGCGCUAAGUCAUACUGCGUUGCGGUGUGGAAAGCCACAGACGACAAGGCUAUUUGCCUGUGGGAGCCUCAUGCUGUAGGUCCCAAUGGAAGAACGUCUCCUGGAGGGGCGGCGGCCCUCGUCGUGUAUUCCAAUGUCGAAGACCUGGCCAGCACUAUAACAAGUAACGUUGAGGGACUGGAGAGACCGGGAUCUAACAGGUUCUGCAUAACAUCUGUGAAAGUGUUUUGGGAGUUUGCCAAGCUGUCGGGUCCGGUGUCGCCGCAGGGCAAGGUGCCCGAUGAGGGUUACGAGUGGAAGGUGCUGAGCGCGUACGUGGAGACCGCGCGCGGCAAGACCAUUCUCCGCGGGACCAGACCGCCCGAUCUUGUCAAGUUCACGAGGGAUGCGUUACUGCAAUCAUCUUGCGGUGCCAUAGUGGCUGCUUGCAUGUCUCACGUGAGGCGGCCCCCGCUGUGGACACGGAAAACUGUUGAUGAGAUUAUGGCGGUGGCCGGCCACUUGUUCAAUGCGUCCCUCGGAUCGUUGGGCUACGAAUUCAGACCCGGCGAGGACGUGUUGCUGCCAUUACAAGUAUUGAAACGUUUCAUACUGGGCGUGAACUACGUCCGCUACGAACUGGAUGCAGUGUACAGCGGGAAGCUCGCGCAGAAGGAGCCCACGGAAAUGACCGUCAGGUUAUAA